AGAGCACCAGCACCCCCAAUCACGGGAAAUCACUCAAUCAGAAGCAAAAGAGCAUAGAAUUGGGCUUAACCGGGAGUCGAACCCGGGACCUCGCGCAAUCAACCCAGGGUUUACCCUAAGCGCGAAUCAUACCACUAGACCAUCAAGCCACGUGACAUAAAACCGACAGUAAGGUUAUAAUCUUCUGAUUUUAGGUUUGGAAGAAGUUUUGAGACCAUGGAGAGACAGGAGGCAUCUUGAAUUCGGCAAUGAUAGUUAUUCAACGUCCUACGAUCCGGAUUCUCAGAUUCGUACAUCUAGAAGUGCACCGCCACAGCGUCGACUCACACACAUGACAACAUGGAAUUACAAGCAUGUAUACCUCUCGUAUACUCUCCAGAUCUAGAAAUAUCAAUUACAGCAUCCAAUCAACGAAUACCCUCCGUUCCACAAAAACAUACCUUCAUAGCCCCUCAAUUCUCCACGCACCUACGAAGUCCUUCCCAAUAGAAGCCAUGAAACCUCCCGAAGAACACAAAACCCCUAGCCUCCCACGUCCACAGAAUACCCACCUCGUGCCCAAGGAUAAACACGACAUCGCCGCUAUCAAAAACCUCACCACACUCCCCGCUGCAACAUGGACGCCCCUGAUUCUCUUUCCGCCAACACACUACUCCGCUCAGAGCAGCGCACCCGAAAUAGACAGUCGAGAUGGCCUCCUUGCCUGGCUCCAAGAUCCAAAUUGGCCCGUGGCGUAUCCUACUAGUCAGUUGCUGUUGGGGCUGUUGAAUGGCGGUGCGCCGGUUUGCGCCUCUCGUGUCGACGACGGGAGUGUUGGAGUAGGAAAGGAUGAGGAUGUGGUCAGGCUUGCGCAUGCACCGACUGAUGAGGAUGCGCGGGUCUUGGUGAGUGUGCUGCAAUGGAUGUUUAGAGAAAGUGAGGAUUGGGAGUGGGUGUAUAGUCUUAUAGUUGCUAUUGUUGCGAAGAUCGAGAAUAGAGAGAGGAGAGAGGAGUGGUUUGGCGACGCAUUAAGAGCUUUUUUAAGGCGGGUGCCAGAUCAGGAGGAGAAAGAGUGGGGUUUCAGAGAGGAGGUUGAGAGUAUUGUCAGGUUGGAGAACGGGAUUACGGAAGCAGAAGGCAAGGAGAGUCUAGAGGCGAGAAUGCUGGAUCUUUGAUGCUCAAAGAAAAAUAUUAAUUAUUGUAUUCUUCUCUAUCAGAGAUUCAGGCAACAAAAUUUGAACAAGAAUCAUAGCCCGGAGUCAGGCUGGUC